GUCAGAUCUUCAGAAUUUUCUCCCCUUACUUAAAUGCUCUUCUUCUUCUCCUUCCUCCUCUCCAGCUCUUAAUUCAAAAACCCAAAGAAAAAAGAAGAACAGAGAGGAGAAGAGAGUGAAGGUCAAGUGUUUGAUAUUCUGCCUGAAACAAAAUCUACAACUCUUGCAGAAACAACUUGUUUUCUCUUCAGUACCCGGACUUGAAGAGUAGAAAUAACUUCAAUAGCUCAAACAACAGACAUGGGUGAGGAGAAGAAAGAGGAGAAAAAGGAGGAGGAAAAGAAAGAAGAAGUAAAAGAAGAAAAGAAAGAAGAAGUGCCGCCAGAGAUUGUUCUCAAGGUUGAUAUGCAUUGUGAAGCUUGUGCGAGGAAAGUUGCAAGAGCCUUGAAAGGAUUUGAAGGAGUUGAAGAUGUAACUGCAGAUAGCAAAGCUAGUAAAGUUGUGGUGAAAGGGAAAGCCGCAGACCCCAUAAAGGUCUGUGAGAGGCUACAGAAGAAAAGUGGAAUGAAAGUUGAGUUAAUUUCACCAUUGCCAAAGCCACCAGAGGAGCCCAAAGAAGAACCCAAAGAACCCAAAGAAGAAAGAAGGAAGAGUACAUUGAUUAAAUUUUUGUGGCAGCCUCCUGCUGUUGUAACAGUUGUGUUAAAGAUUCGGAUGCAUUGCGAAGCAUGUGCUCAAGUUUUGCAGAAGCGUAUAAGAAAGAUCAAAGGUGUAGAAUCAGUGGAAACAGAUCUGGGAAAUGAUCAAGUAAUAGUGAAAGGAAUAGUAGAUCCUGCAAAGCUUGUUGAUGAUGUGUACAAGAAAACCAAGAAGCAAGCUUCCAUAGUAAAAGAUGAGGAGAAGAAGGAAGAGGAGAAGAAAGAAGAGAAGAAGGAGGAACCCGAGAAAGCAGAAGAAAAGAAAGAAGCUGAAGAAGCCAAAGAAGAAGAUGACAAGAAGAUGGACAUCAAACGAAGCGAAUACUGGCCAUCAAGAAACUAUGUGGAAUUUGCUUAUGCAGUUCCGGAUCAAAUUUUCAGUGAUGAGAACCCACAUGCAUGCUCUGUCAUGUAAGAGCAACCAAAGCAGCAAAACUGGUUUUGUGUCGUUUCCGCAAUUUAACUCUCCUAAUGACCAAGAUUCCAGGCAAUUUUCUAUGUAGCUAUAUAUGUGAGAUAAUAAGAUGGUGGAGCAAACAAAAUCAUGAAUCUGUGCCAUUGUUAAUUACUUAACAUCUUGUAUGCAUGACUAUAGGUCUUGUUCUCAUCUGUAAUUUUAGGAUUUUUGAAUAUGUAAUCUUUAGUACUUUAAUUCCAAGAAGCUGUAUAAUUAAUAAACUACCUUGGCCUCUGUUCUUGUCA